AUGGCAGACCUACCUCCCCUCUCAACGCAAGACACGCGUGGCUCCAUCUCCUCUAUACCAAUGCACGAAGUCGACCCCUCGCCCGUCGACGAUGACGACCCAGAAGGCCCAAGCUAUCCCACCAACCCUUCGGAUCUUGAUGCUUCGAGAUUGCCCCCUUCAUCUCACAGUACGACCAAUUGGCUGGGCCUCACGCCAGCCCGGACGCUUCACAUGUUGUCAGCCGUACAAAAGUACUCUGUCAUUCCCUUCUCAGCCUAUCUGACGAUGCACUACACAAACACCGCACUGAUCCCCCUCUUGACCGGUUCUGCGCGCGAGGCAGACAAAUUCCUCCUCCUCACCCGCCCCUUUUAUCAAUCCUUCCCCUUCGAACCACUCCUGAUCUUUGUCCCCGUCGUCACCCACGUCGCCUCCGGGAUUGCCUUACGACUCUACCGUCGUCGCAUCACAGCAAGACGGCAUGGAGCCGAGACACUCUCGCAGCGCAGGAAGAUGAAGAGUAAGAUACCGUGGCCAAAGUUCUCGCUGACUAGCGCCGCGGGUUAUGCACUGUAUCCAAUGUUCGUGGCCCACGUGUUGUCUAUGCGUAUUAUCCCCAAGAAGAUCGAUGGGAGUUCCGCCUCUGUGGGAUUACGCUACUUUGCCCAUGGCAUAGCACAAGAUCCGUAUGUCGGAAUGGCAGGCUACACAUUGUUCGUGUGCGUCGCCAGUUACCACGUGGUAAGCGGUGCGGCCAAAUUCCUGAGACUGAGUGCAGAGUAUGUCAUCGGGGGCGGGGACGAGGGUCACCUGCGGAAGAAAUGGAGAGGCAGGAUUGUCAAUGGGAUUACCGCUGCCGUGGCAAGCGCCUGGAUUGCGGGUGGGUUGGGCAUUGUGGGAACAGCAGGGCGAGGUACGGGUUGGGAAGCAAGCCAUUGGGAUAAGAUAUAUCGUGCCAUGCCGGUUAUUGGCAGGCUGUUCUAA